CCCGUAACAUCCCUCAUCAGAGCCGCGAACAUCGUCCAAGCUCCCUCCGUUCUUCUGCGUCAACAUCGCAAUCCCUACUCUGCAGAUGGCGGGAGAAAGCAAGGCAGUGAAAGGAUGAAGCGGGUGUGUGAAGCGAGUGCCGAUAGAAUUACCAACCUUCCCGAGGAUGUGUUACAUCGGGUUCUGGUGUUUUUACCCAUCAAAGACGCUGCCAAAACUAGUGUACUAUCAACAAAGUGGAGGCAUCAUUGGAGAAGUAUUCCCGAACUUGUGUUUGAUAGUAGGUUCGCCAUCAAAUCGGGUGGAUUUAACACAACUGAGAUGAGGAGCAAGUUAAUGUUCUACAUUUUCAAAGCUCUGCUGCUCCAUGAUGGCCCAAUAGCAAAGUUUGUGCUUUCAUUUCCUGGAUUAAGUCCCCGCUAUGGGAAUGAGAUUGAUGAAGUCCUUCUCUAUCUUUCUCACAGAGGUCUGCAGGAGUUGAAGCUUUCCUGUGCUGCUUUUCAUGAUGACAAGAAAUACAAGUUGCAUUCUUCUUUGUUUUCUUGUCUUCAACUGAAGCUGCUGAAGCUUCGGCAUUGCGAAUUUAGACAACCAUCAUGGUUUGUGGGUUUUAGUAAGCUUACGGUUCUCUUCUUGUCAGAUUUUACUCUGCCCUCGGAUUUCUGUGAGAAUUUCCUUCUCAAGUGCCCGAUGCUUAAAAACUUAAGGCUGACAAACUGUGAUGGUCCGAGUAAUCUUAACAUUGUGGCUCCAUGUCUCGAACGGUUCUGUUUCACGUACAGGGAUUUACAGAAAAUCUGCUUCAACUGUACUCCUGUUUUAGUUAGUCUCAGGCUAUGCAGAAACUUCGAAAAGAUUGCAGAUAUGGUAGCUUUACUCGCUUCUAUCACAGAACUCCAAGAAUUUCGUGUCGACUUUCAACUCCCACAACACCUUACUGUAGGUGAUAGUGAUGUUCCCAUCAGGCUUCCUACUCCUCUUCACCGGUUAAAACUCCUCCAUACCAGGAACGUUGACUUCAGUAGCUUGGAGACGGCGCAUUUUCUUGUUUGUUUGAUCAUCGGUUCCCCCAACUUGCGUGAGCUUACAAUUAAGCUGGACCCUAGUCAACAAAACCAGCCCGCAACUAAUAAUGCGGCAACAAGCAUUGUAAGCCUGUUGGAAGCAGAGUCCCGCCAAGGAUCUGGUAGUUGUUGUUUGCAGCAGCUUAGAGAGUUCAGAAUCGAGGAAUGCCUUGAUGGCGGGAGAAAGCAAGGUUUCAUCAACACGAAAAUUGACCGUCGAGACGUCUUCCUCCAAGCCGUUCUAACUCACGCCCUAGCCCAGGUCGCCAUUGGAUCGGGUGGAUCUAUAUCAACUGACAUGAUGAACAAGUCUAUGUUCAACAUUUUCAAAGCUCUGCUGCUCCAUGAUGGCCCGAUAAAAAAAUUCGUGCUUUCGUGUCCCGGAUUGAAGUCCUGCUAUGGGAAUGAGAUUGAUGAAAUCGUUGUCUAUCUUUCUCACAGAGAUCUGCAGGAGUUCAUGCUUUUCUGCGCUGCUGGUGAUAGUCAGAAAUACAAGUUACAUUCUUCUUUGUUUUCUUGUAUUCAACUGAACCGACUGAGACUUGACCAUUGCGAAUUUGGACAACCAUCGUGGUUUGUGGGUUUUAGUAUGCUAACAGUUCUCUUACUGUCAGAUGUAACUCUGCCCUCUGAUUUCUGUGAGAAUUUCCUUGUAAAGUGCCCGAUGCUUAAAGACUUGAGGCUUGUAGAUUGUGAUGGUCUGAGUAAUCUUAACAUUGUGGCUCCAUGCCUCGAACGGUUCUGUUUCACGUACAGGGAUUUACAGAAAAUCUGCUUCAAGUGUACUCCUGUUUUAUAUUUAGUUAGUUUUAGACUAUGCAGAAACUUGGAGAACACUGCUGAUAUGAUAGCUUUACUUGCUUCUCUCCCAGCACUCCAAAAAUUUUCUGUCGACUUUGGACUCCCACAACACCUUGCUGUAGGUGAUAGUGAUUUCCCCAGUAGGCUUCCUACUCCUCUUCACCGGUUAGAAAUCCUCCAUACCAGGAAUCUUGACUUUAGUAUCUUGAAGGCGGCGCAUUUUUUUGUUUGUCUGAUCACCAGUUCCCCCAACUUGCGUGAGCUAACGAUUAAGCUGCACAGAAGUCAGUCAUAUCAGCCCGCAGAUAGUGCUGCGACAACAAGCAUAGGAGGCCUGUUGGAAGCAGAGUACCGCCAAGGAUCCGGUAAUCGUUUUCUGCAGCAGCUUAGAGUGUUUGAAAUGGAGGAGUGCCUUGGUACGCAGGUCGAGCUUGACCUCGUGAAGUUUGUGUUAGCCACCGGUCCAGUACUUGAGAGGAUUCACAUUCCGCCUUCGCAUAAAUUAACCUCUGAAAAGCUACUGCUAGCAUCUCGAAUCUUUGCUCUCCGGAUCCAGAUUCACUUCCUCGAUCUCCUUCAUUCACUGAUCAUGGAUUCAUCAGCGGCACUCUACAACCACCUCAAGUCGGCCGAUCCGUUUUUCUUGCUCGCCGGCCCGAAUGUCAUUGAAUCCGAAGAGCACAUUUUCACCAAGGCCAAACACAUCAAGGCCAUCUCCACCAGUCGAGCUUCGAUGGCUACCUCCACAACCACAAGUACGCCUCCCAGGAGAAGACUAAAUACCAACCCUCACGCUCAAAUUCUUCACGGCGGCGCUACAUCCUCUUCCGCAUCUACUCCUUGUUCUCCCUUGAAAAAGCUGAAUCUGAUGGAUCCACAACAACCCCUGCCGCAGAAGCAGCCACUCGACGGCGGAUGUGCGUUAGUUCGGGAUUGGGCGGGUCUCUCCCCGGAGUUGUUCUCCGUGAUUAUGGCGCAUCUCAGUCCCGCGGAUCGCCUGGGGAUUGCUCAGCUAGUUUGCUCCUCGUGGCGGAAAGUCUGCCGGGACCCGUACAUAUGGAGAUCUGUCAACAUCAGCCAUUAUUCCUGGGAGCGAGUUACCGAUGUGGAGGCGCUCUGCGCGCAGGCCGUCGAUCGGAGCUGCGGUGGUCUGGUUUCUCUGAGCUUGGAGUGCUUCGGCUCCGAUAAACUCCUCGCUGACAUCGCUAGCAAGUAA